ACUUGCAUCAACACCCUCCAUUUAUAAAUGAGGAAACUAAGGAUCAUAUAAAUAAAUUGUCUCUGACUAUAUAGCUCGUAAGUAGCAAUGUGUUAGCCAAAUUUGAGGUUUCAAAGAACAAAGACAGCCUCAUAUUAGAUUGCUCUAACUUCAGGGCUAAGGAAACAUGUCAAUUCAAGGAAAUACUUUUACCAGAACCAGUAUAAGAGGACAUGUACAAAUUUGUUCUGCCAGGCAGAAAGGUAAUAUGUAUCCUCAUCUAUCAAAGGGAUUCUGAAAAGGAUGUGUUUAUAUGAAAAACAAAAGCCUGGUACCCAGAUGUGAGGGCCUAUGAGGUUUUAUACCGAGAUGGUCAAGAGAAAUGCUGCCUCUUACAACUAUACUAAUCUCGAUUGGUAGGAUGAUACCCAACUCAACAGCUGGCAGGAUAGGGUGGAUACCCAUGAAUAUUCAUCACUCACUCCACUUUCUCUCUUUGCAUGCAUCAUCUCUGGGUGGAGAAACCUGCCUGCAGGAUUCAAAUCAGGAAUGAAAAUAAGAUGGAAAUUAUAUGCAGGCACAAAGUGUUGAACUUACUGGCUUCAAAGGAGAAGGGGAGACAGGAGCCAGCUAGGGCAGAAGGGCUGCUGUCCAGCGUCUCCCUGCUUAAGGUCACUCCAACGAGCAGAUGGAGUCAGAGAAAAUUCUGAUCGUUUGGGGCUGUUUACUCUUGUGGAAUCCACUCAUCCAAUCAACUCAGCUUUAUCCUGGGAUUAAAGUGAGGAUUACUCAAAAAGGCCUGGACUAUGGUAUACAGGCUGGCAUGGAAGCAAUUGAGCUGAUAGUGAAGAAAAAUGGUAUUCCUGAUUUCAAAGGCUCUGAAACGCUUGAAUUUUUAAAGGUUGACUAUGUUGACUAUAAUUUUUCAAACAUAAAAAUCAGUUCCUUCUCAUUUCCAAAUAUUUCAUUAACCCCUCUGUCUGGAGUUGGAGUUAAAGUAUUAAGCAAUCACGGUUCAACAAACAUCAGCAUGAGAUGGGAAAUAUCAUCUCCACUUUUCAAAGAUGAAGGAGGAGCUGCUCUGUUUCUAGGUGAGAUAUUUUUCUUGGGUCUCGUGAACCUGUCCCGGAGUGACACAGGCCACCCAAGCAUGAAGUUACAAGACUGCUACGUUCGAAUUGGGCUUGCCCGCAUCUCAUUUACAGGAGAGCUCAGUGUCCUAUAUAACUCUUUUGCUGAGCCAAUGGAGAAACCUAUUUUGAAGACCUUGAAUAAAAAGCUAUGUCCAAUUAUCACGGAUCAGUUAGAAAGUAUAAAUGCCAAUAUUAGUUCUCUGGAUGUUGUAACCAUGUUUGGUGAGGAUAUUCUGCUAGAUUAUUCCCUUUUGGAUUCCCCAGAAAUCACCCAGUCAUCCAUUGACCUGAAUUUGAAGGGCACAUUCUACCCAGUGGGAAAUCUUACCGACCCUCCCUUCCAGCCUGUUCCAUUCACCCUCCCAGACCGCAGUGAUUCCAUGCUUUAUAUUGGAAUCUCGGAGUAUUUCCUUAAGUCGGCAUCCUUCACUUAUUUCAUAACUGGAGCUUUCAAUGUCACCCUGACCACAAAAGAGUUAUCCAAGCAUCUAAUUCAAAACCCCCAGGGCAUUGGAAGUCUGUUUUCUCAGAUUGCAGAACUAUAUAUUAUGGCCCAGCCACUGAUGAUGAGGAUCCUGACCACUGAACCCCCAGUGGUCAAUUUAGAACCAAACAAUUUUACCCUCAACAUCCCUGGGUCUGUCGUGAUGCUGACCAAGCCUGAAAACACCACGGAGGAAGCUAUCGUCUCCAUGGAUUUUGUGGCCAGUACCAGUGUCGGCCUGGCUAUUUUGGGAAGGAAAUUGAUCUGCUCCUUAUCUCUGAACAGGUUCCGUCUCUCUGGGCCAGAGUCUAAUCAUAGCUCUAUUGAGGUCCUGAGAUUUGAGAACAUUUUCUCCUCAAUCCUCCACUUUGGAGUCUUCCCAUUAGUUAAUGCCAGAUUACAGCAAGGCUUCCCACUUCCUAACCCACAUCAGAUCUCUCUCGUUAAUUCUGACAUUGAAGUUCACAAGGGUUUCCUUCUGGUUUCCACUGACUUGAGGUAUGAGCCUUUGUGGAAGAAGCAGCGGCAUUUGGAUGAGUGGUAAGCUCAGAACGCCUCCGAGGAUGCUCCCAGCUCACCCCGCCCAGCUCCUGGAUGGAUGGUUCUUAAUAGGAAGAGGAGACAAGUAAUUCCCAGCCUCCACCAAGACUGCUGCACCCCCCCAGGCUGGCAGACAGGGGAAUCGCAGCAACGAGGACUGGAACUGUUUCCUUCCCAGCUUUAAUGGCACUAAAGAAAAAGAGGGUUUUUUUUGGGGGGGCACAUGUAUGCAUGUGUAUAUGACUACGUAUAAUGAGUGCAUGUAGAUAACAGUUUCUGGGGCCAUGAAGCAGGUUUAUAUGAUGGUGAGAAAGUCUUGAGAAUCCAUCUGUGAGCUGCAAGACUACCCUUGCUUUGUUCCCACUGCAUUCAGUGUUUUAUAUUUUGUACUUCAUAUUUUAUUCUCCCUUUAUUUAAAUAAAAUCUCUUCUC